AAAACUAUUGAUCUCACUGGUACUGCUGUGGUUUCAUUUCAGUGUUGAUGAUGCUUUCCUGAUUUCCCAAUACAGCUUCCCAAGUUACUUCCUGCUUUUGAUUCACCAUUCAGAUCCCUUUUGUGACCCCAGGGCUAUGCCUGUUUGUUUUUUUUCCCUCAGGAGAGAAAGUCUCACUGGUCAGUCAUAGUUUACUGUGGUUAGUCCAUGUGAGGGUUCACUUUGGAUGAAGAGAAAAAUAAUAUGAUGAUUUCUGGCCUGCCCCGUAUGUAACCAUCUCCAUAGUCAUAUAUCUCCUUGAAGUCUAAAAGGGCACUACAAUUGCACAGCAGUGUAGUGUUCUUGUGCUAAAACAUUUCAAAGGAUGUGCUAGGGAAGAAAUAUCUCUUCUUUGAAUUUGUUUGUUAGGUUACUGUUGGUGAAAUAAAUCUACUGCAGUGCAGAAAUUAUAGAAGCAAAACUUAAGAUUUUAUUAUGCUUAAGGACAGAUUCAGGAUUCAAAAAUAGAUAAAUAAAUUACCCUGAACAAAGAUUAGGAUCUUAACAAGACUUUUUACAGACAAAAUUACUUGAGAAAAAUGAUUAUUUUACAUAUUGCAAUCUCAGAUAUUCCCUUAGGCCAUAGAAGAUAAAAAAGAUACAUAAUCCCAGGCUUCCCUCAAUGUUACAAACAUUAAACAAAUUUAGUUAAGCCAAUCAUAAUCUCAUAAUUCCCUAAAGGAAACAAACCUAGUUAAACAGACUCUAUAGGUAAACCAAGUUUCUAAAUUAAAUUCUAGAUUCUAGAUUCUAGAUUAAAUGACAUUUAACAGGUUCACAAUGUUCUGAUUGAGGAGAAAGGGAUUUAUAUGUUACCAAGAUAAACCAGGAAUCAACUACAGUCUGAUCUUUCUUCAAAUAACUGUAUAACUUUAGGAGGCUCAAACUUCUCUUUGACUUCUAUCUCAGUAAUAUCAAAUAGUUAUUAACUUCAUUUCAUGAAGUUUUAGUCAGGUGAGGUCAAUAUUAACAGGAGACAUUUUUAGUUUAUCAAAAAUUGCAGGAAUGGCCCUGAGUCCCAAAUGAUAAAAAGUAAUGAAAGAACAUUAAAAAUAAUCAUAGCAGUUGUUUUGACUUUUUUCCUUAUAAUAAAGAUGAAGCAAAUUUAUUUGAUAGUGAAAAUGUAACGGAUUUUAUCAAUACAUAUCUUUAUGCUUCGUUAUUUUUUUUUUACUAUAGCUUUUUAUUUACAAAACAUUCAUGGGUAAUUUUUCAACAUUGACCCUUGCAAAACCUUCUGUUCCAACUUUUCCCCUCCUUUCCUCCACCCCCUCCUCUAGAUGGCAAGUAAUCCAAUACAUAUUAAAUAUGUUAAAGUAUAUGUUAAAUCCAAUUUGUGUAUACAUAUUUAUACAGUUAUUUUGCUGCACAAGAAAAAUAGGAUCUAGAAAAAAAGAAAAAAACCUGAGAAGGAAAACAAAAAUGCAAGCAAACAAUAACAGAAAGAGUGGAGAUGCUAUGUUAUGGUUUACACUCAUUUCCCAUAGUUCUCCCUCUGGGUGAAGCUGGUUCUCUUCAUUACUGAACAAUUGAAACUGGUUUGAAUCAUCUCAUUGUUGAAGAGAACCACGUCCAUCAGAAUUGAUAGUUGUAUAAUUUUGCUGUUGCCAUGUACAAUGAUCUCCUGGUUCUGCUCAUUUCACUUAACAUCAGUUCAUGUAAGUCUCUCCAGGCCUCUCCGAAAGCAUCCUGUUGGUUAUUUCUUACAGAAUAAUAAUAUUCCACAAUAUUCAUAUACCAUAAUUUAUUCAGCCAUUCUCCAACUGAUGCGCAUGCACUGUUUCCAGUUUCUAACCACUACAAAAAGCCACAUUUUUGCACAUAUAGGUCUCUUUCCCUCCAUUAAGAUUUCUUUGGGAUAUAAGUCCAGGAGUAACACUGCUGGAUAAAAGAGUAUGCACAGUUUGAUAACUUUUUGAGCAUAGAUCCAAAUUGCUCUCCAGAAUGGUUGGAUUCAUUCACAAUUCCAUCAACAAUGCAUCAAUGUCCCAGUUUUCCCACAUCCCCUCCAACAUUCCGCAUUAUCUUUCCCUGUCAUUCUAGCCAAUCUGACAGGUGUGUAGUGGUAUCUCAGAGUUGUCUUAAUUUGCAUUUCUCUGAUCAACAAUGAUUUGGAGCAUCUUUUCAUAUGACUAGAAAUAGUUUCAAUUUCUUCAUCUGAAAAUUGUCUGUUCAUAUCCUUUUACCAUUUAUCAAUUGAAGAAUGGCUUGAUUUAUUAUAAAUUUGAGUCAAUUCUCUAUAUAUUUUAGAAAUGAGGCCUUUAGCAGAACCUUUGGAUGUAAAACUGUUUUCCCAAUUAUUGUUUCCCUUCUAAUCUUGUCUGCAUUAGUUUUGUUUGUACAAAACCUUUUUAAUUUAAUAUAAUCAAAAAUAUCUUUUGUGUGUUUGUCUUUAGUAAUGAUUUUCAAUUCUUCUUUGGCCACAAAUUAUUUCCUUUUUCACAGAUCUGGGGUAAAAUACUUUGUUCUUCCAAUUUGUUUAUAAUAUCACUCUAUAUCUAAAUCAUGGACCCAUUGCCAUCUUAGCUUGGUAUAUGCUGUUAAGGUAUGGGUCAAUGCCUAGUUUCUGCCAUACUAGUUUCCAACUUUCCCAGCAAUUUUUGUCAAAUAGUGAAUUCUUACCUCAAAAGCUGGGGUCUUUGCAUUUGUCAAACAUUAGUUAUUAACUAUUUUGUCCUGUGAACCUAACCUGUUCCACUGAUCAACUUGUUAUUUUGUGAUAUGUAAUUUGUUAGAAAAAUGUUCUGGAUAUUUCCCCUGUGCUCCAUGCCUGGAAAUGCAUUUGGAAUUCCUGGUUGCCUUCAAGAUUCAAUUCAAGCUUUAUCUUUUACAUGAGAACUUUCUGGAUCCCCUUAAUUGCUAUUUACCUUCCUUUGCAACUCCACUCCCCCCACUUUCCCUCACCAUUUCCUUGGGUCUGUUGUGCAUAUUUUUGUACCCUAUGUGCACGUCUCUCUCGUUUAAUGAAAGCUCUCUGAGGCUAGGGAAGGUUUUACUCUUUGCAUCUUCUGCCAUAGGCACAGAGCGCUUAAGAAAUGGCCACAGAAAGAGCAGAGAUGGGGACAACUAACCUUUGUCACCAGGCCUGAGUAACCAUGCAGUCAAGGUCAGAAUAAUACAGCUUCAGAAUUCAAGUCAGAACAACAGAAGAGGAAAAGCAGGGAGGAAGAGGAGGGACACAAGGCCGAAGGGGUUUGAUCGGGCUCUGGGCGGGAGCAAAGCUGGGACAAGACCGCAGGAAGUGGGUGGGGAACUGGAAAGCUAAAAAGCCAGACUGGGAGAAGAGAGGUUGGGUCACGCUGGGCGUCUGCGGCGGACUCCUGGGCGCGGUGGCUGAGGGCCUCGGAAAGCAGGCCCCGCAAGUUCAAGUUCUCCACUCUGACUCCUCCCCCCGCCCCCACCUCCGGGGGAGGAGAGAUCCUAGUGUCCAGGCCUAAGACUCAAAGGAGGGGAGGAUCCUACGGCAGCGCGCUAACUCCUCUCCUCCCUCCACAGCGGCCACCUUCCAGCAGCGACCCGGGGACGCUCCUUCCCGGGCCCUGGAGCUCCCCUGGCUAGAGCCAAGAAUGGCUACCCUGCCGCUGGAGGAGAAGCUGCUCUGUGCAAUCUGCCUGGAGCUGUACCGGGAGGCGGUCACUCUGCCCUGCGGCCAUAACUUCUGCCGGGCGUGCAUAGUGGACCACUGGAACCGGCAGGAGGUGGACUGCCCCCAGUGCCGCACCCCGUUCGCGCAGCGGCCCGAGCUGCACAAGAACGGGGCUCUGUGUGACGUGGUGGAGACCGUCCGGGCGGCCGAGUGGCAGGUGGCAGCGGGGGCGCCCGUGCCCGGCCCGAGAUCCGCAGCCCGCUGCCCCCGGCACGGGCGGGCCCUGGAGCUCUACUGCCGCACCGAGAAGCAGUGCAUCUGCUGCGCCUGCACUGUGGACCAGUGCCAGGGCCACCGGCGCGUCCUGCCCGACGUGGAGCGCAAGGCGCGGCAGAAACAUCUGGAAGAACAGCUGGAAGAAAACUGGAGGCAGUCAAUCCAGACUGAAGAAAAACUUCAAGAGCUGCAACAGAAGAGUAAUGAGAUCCAGGACUCAGCCCACAUUCUGACCCUGGCUGUUUCCAACAAAGUCACUGCUCUGCUGCGGGUCCUUGAAACACGGCGGGAUAAGGCCUUGCAGAACAUUGAGAAGGAAAAGGCAGCUUCACUGGCACAGGCCGGGGCGAUCAGGCAGGGGCUUCAGGACCACCUGGAACGCCUGGCGCAGCACAUCCAGCAGAUCCAAGAGCUUCAGUCCUGUUCCGAUGACCUGAGCUUCUUGCAGCGGUCCCUACUUCUGAUACCCCCUGAGCCUUUGGCCCCAAUGCCAUCAUUGAAAUGGAAUGAAGAUUCUGGUCCGUUGAAUAAGCUGGAGAGGACACUGGACCAAAUCUGUCAACUCCUGCUGAAGGAUGAGAUUGACGCUGUGAGUCCUGGAGAUGCUGAGCCUGGCCUCAAGGAGCGCCGAGAGCCUGAGACCAAUUCCCUGGAACCAAUUCCACGACCGGUGUGCAGUCUGAGGAAGAAGCUGACACAAAAUUAUCGCAACCUCACCUUUGACCCUCUCACUGCUAAUCAUUACUUCCACUUUUCCCGCCAAAACCAACGGGUAAAACAUGGCUUCAAGUCCCAGCACACCUCCCAGCCUGGGAGGUUUCAGCUCUGGCAAGUGCUGUGUGCCCAGGGCUUUGAGGCAGGAAAGCACUACUGGGAAGUGGAAGUGUCUGAUCAUUCGGUGACCCUGGGCAUCACCUACCCUGGGCUCUCCCGGCAAAAGCAGCUCAGACAGACGGACAACAUUGGGAGAAAUUCUUAUUCCUGGGGGCUUCGGGUGCAGGAGAAGGGCUAUGAAGCCUGGCACAAUGGGGAGGCCCAACAGCUUCCAGGCAAACCUGGAAACCUCUUUGGAAUGGAGUUGGAUCUGCCCGUUGGAUGUCUCUCUUUCUACAGCUUGGAGCCUCAGUUCCAGCUCCUGCAUGUCUUCAAUGCCUUCUUCACCCAGCCCCUCUAUCCUGUUUUCUGGCUCUGUGAAGAUAGAACCAUCACCCUCUGUCAUCUGCCUGGGGCCAAACCUUAUUCGGGGCCCCAGGGAGAGGCACUUAGUCCCAGCUGACCAGUAUCUAAAGAGGGCGGGGGAGCCCAGAUAAAUAACGAUUCUGUUAAAAGAUGCUGCAGGGAGCUGAAGGUCCAGAUGCCAGGGCCCAGGGCCCUGCUCUUUUGUUUUCCCCACUUAAUAAUAUUUUAUUUUUUCCAAUUAUUUGUAAAGAUAGUUUUCAACAUUUAUUUUUAUAAGGUUUUGAGUUACAAAUGUUUUUUUCCCUCCCUAAGAAAGAAAACAAUCUUAUAGGUUUUACAUCCACAAUUACGUUAAACAAAUUUACCCAUUAGUCAUGUUGUGAAAGAAAAAACAAAACAAAAGGGAAAAGCCUUAGAACCCCCUCACUCCCCAAAAAAACUAAAUAGUUAUAGUAGUGUGCUUUGAUCUGCAUUCAGAUUCUUUCUCUGAAUGUGGACAGCACUUCCAUUAUAAGUCUCUUGGAAUUGUUUUGGAUGACCGAAUUGCUGAGAAGAGCCAAGUCUGUCAAAGUUGACCAUUGCACAAUGUUACUGUUACCGUAUACAGUGUUCUCCUGGUUCUGCUCACUUCACUCAGCAUCAGUUCAUAUAAUUCUCUCCAGGCCCCUCUAAAAUCAUCCUCCUGGUCAUUUCUUAUAAAAUAAUAAUAUUCCAUAACAUUCAUAUAUCAUUAUUCAGCAGUUUCCAAUUCUUUGCCACCACAAAAAGAGCUGCUAUAAAUUUAUUUUUGAACAUGUAGGUCCUUUUCCCUUUAUUAUGAUCUCUUUGAAAUACAAAUAUAAUAGUGAUAUUGAUGGAUCAAAGGGUAUACACAAUUUUUAAAUAGUAUUUUUCCCCAAAUACAUGCAAAGAUAGUUUUCAACAUUCACCUUUGUAAAACUUUUGUGUUCCAAAUUUUUCUUCUCCUCUUCUCCCCUCCCCUUCCCAAGACAGCAAGCAAUCCAAUAUAAGUUAAACAUGUGGUUCUUUGAAAUCCAUUUCCAUAUUUGUCAUGCUAGGGGGAAAAAAACCAAGCAAACAAACAACAAUCAAAAAAAAAAAAAAAAAGAUGAAAAUACUAUGCUUUAAUCCACAGUCAGUCUCCAUAGUUCUUUCUUUGAAAGUGAAUGGCACUUUCCAUCACAAGUCUGUUGGAACUGCAUGGUUCCAAAUUGUUCUCCAGAAUAGUUGGACCAACAAUGUAUUAGUGUUCCAUUUUUCCCACAGCUUCUCCAAUAUUAAUUCUGUUACCAAUCUGAUUGUGUGAGGUGAUACCUCAGGGUUGUUUAAUUCACAUCUCUCUAAUUUAUUCUAAUAGAAUAUUUUUUCCUUUUAUUCCUCAAUAGUAUUUUAUUUUUCCAAAUAUAUAUAAAUAUAUUUUUGUAUUUCAACAUUCAUUUUUGUAAAACUUUGUGUUCCAAAUUUUUCUCCCUCUUUCCCUCAUCAUUCCUCUUCCUAAGAGUGUAAAAUACCAUUUAAUACUUAACCCUGGGCAGCCACUUCAUCUGUGAAUGCCUUAGCGUUACUCGGUAUUUUGCAUUACCAGUCUGUCCUAAUUCCCAGGGACAUUUUUUGCCCAGAAAACCUCUGGCCACUGACCUUUGCAGUGUCAACUAAUUCUACCUGGCUGCCUCCUCUGAGGCCUUCAGAGGCCUCUGGCCACGAUUUCUUGAAUUGCCUGGCAAAAAAACAAAAACAAACACGAACAAAAAUUCUUCCAAAAAGAGAUCCAUUAGCUUCACCAGAUUGCUCAAGAGGUUUCUAUCACAAAAAUAGUCACAGUUCUGUACCCUAAAAAAAGAAAAGAGGUUGAGGGUCCUGAGCAUUGUCUCUAAGAGAAAAAAAAGCAAUCAUAAUCUCUGCAGAGAGAUUAAGGAUCUGGGUGAGGGUGGGCAAUUUUCUGGAGGAGGGAAUGCAAGAUCCAGAUAUUAAAUCACCAAGUUAUAGUGAGUUAUUUGGACAAGUCAAGUAGGAAGGAAUGGGAAGGAUGUCCUUUUCCAGCAGCUCCACCAUGAUUGUUCCUUCUGGGGCGAGUAUAGACUACAGGAAACAAUGCAAGUCUGGGGCAGGCUGUAUAGGACCCUGUGAAAGAACUGGGGAUUCAUCAGGAUGUUGGAAGGUUGCCUUCAUGGUAACCCUGAGAUGAGUUCUUUUUAAAAAGAAACACUGAGUAAUUCAUGUGUUUUCAGUCUCUACUGAUGAGCUCCUGUGAGUCCUUUCUGUCCGGGGGAAACAAAGGAUGUCCUGUUUCCCACCAUCCCCCAAACUAAACUUUUACACCGCAGCAUAUGCCCCCAAAUAGUCAAUCCAGUGCAAACUUAAUGUGAGUUAAUCAUUGCAGUGAAUUAGAGAGAGAUGGGGCUAGGUGGAAUGUACCCAGAGGCUGAUGCUGGAAGGUGUGUGCAGGAGCACCCUGCUUUGCCCCAUUUAGUGUGGCCAGGUGUCCACCUGCUUCCUUUAGCCUCGUGGACCUCAUCCAGCUUCCUUAGGGAUCAGCUGUGACUCAAUCUGGAUUUGCUUCUUUAUGCCUAUCAGUAUUGGGUGAGGGAGAGAUGGGGCAACAUUCUCCGUUUGAUGCUAAGAGCUAAGGGCUGUCUGGGCUCAAACGGACACUUAAAUUCGAAGUUAUGAUCGGGUAAAAAGGAGGAGACUACUCAGUUUUAGAGGUGAGAACAAAAAACAAGAAACAGCUAACAUGGGAUAUGUGCCAACUGUCUGGUAAGUGCCAGGAGAAUGACCUUGUGUGGUUCUCUCAAAGGAGGAAUCCAAGACUUCUGUUUUCCAGUUAGGAUCUUAUUUGUGAAAUGCUAACUCAGAUUUCACAGGGGAGAGGGAAUAAAAUCAUGCAAUUCAUGCAAAUCAUGCAAAGAUCCUAACAAGGGAAUUAAAGUCUUAUUUAUUAAUGGAACUAUGUACAAAUUUGUAUAACAAGCAAUAUUAAUUCAUUUACAUUUCUCAGAGGGAAAAAGGCUAGUGUUAGAGUUGCAAAAUUCUCUGAUGCAGGAACAUAUUCUCAUGCACAUACAUAACAAGAGAUUCAAGGAUAAUGUUCUUCAAGACCAUGACAUUGGGGAGGUGAUGCUGUGACAUGCAAGUGAAUUAAUUGAAGUGAAGGAGGGCUAUGCAAGGUCACUUGCCUCACUCCCCUCCAGAAAUAUCAGACAUUAUGGAAAACAUCGCACAAAUUUAAAGACUUUUUUUGGUGGUCUUGCUCUUUUAUCCUAGUUCCCUUGUCAACUGGUCAAUAAGAAUUUUUUAAAGCACUUCUGUGUGUCAGGGAUAUUCUGGUGGCACAAAAUGCCAGGUUCAGAAUCAAGAAGAAUCUUCCUCUGUUAUCCUAGGCAAAUCACUUUAUCCUAUUUGCCUUUGUAUUCUCAUCUGUAAAAUAAAUUGGAGACGGAAAUGACAAACCA